AUGUCGAUGUUUGGCGCUAUUCGAGAUACGCUAUAUGCGAUGACAUCAUGCUUCUCUAGUCCCACUAUCUAUCUCAACAGAAGAACCUUUAGAAUGGUCAAAUUGUUGGGUGAAGGGGGUUUCUCUUAUGUUUAUCUCGUGAAGGAUACAAAUACUGGUCUGUUGUAUGCUUUAAAGAUCAUAAGAUGUCCGUUUGGUAGCGAUUCUGUCAAGGAUGCUAUGAAGGAAGUUGAAAUGUAUCGUUUGUUCCAACAUGAAAAUAUUAUAAAAGUCAUUGACACUUGCGUUGUACAGGAUAAAGAUGGUGCAAAGAUAGUUUAUAUAUUCUUGCCAUAUUAUAAGCGUGGUAAUCUUCAAGAUGCUAUCGAUGAGCAUAAUUUGAACAAUACUAGAUUUGAAGAGACUGAAAUGCUGAAAUUAUUCCGUCAAAUCUGUUAUGCUGUGCGAGCUCUACACACGCAUCAACUGCCAGCCGUACCAAUCAGCCGUGCAGAACAAAGCGACUCAGCUGCUCCACAACCGAACGGUCAAACCGAUAUUGUUCCGUUUGCUCAUCGUGAUAUUAAACCGGGUAAUGUUUUAAUAUCUGACGACGGGGAUACAGCCAUACUCAUGGAUUUCGGGUCCUUAAUUCGUGCGCGGAUAAAGAUUCGGAAUAGAGCGCAAGCAUUGCUACAGCAAGAUCUGGCAGCAGAGCGUUCUACAAUGCCAUAUCGAGCUCCUGAAUUAUUUGACGUGAAGACGGACACCGAAUUGGAUGAGAAAGUCGAUAUCUGGUCUCUGGGAUGUACGCUGUACGCUAUGGCAUACGGUAAAUCACCCUUUGAGUCUAGUUCGACGGAGGAUGGAGGUUCAAUUGCAUUGGCGGCUAUUAACGCUCAGAUUCGGUUUCCUGAAAAUGAUCAAUAUUCAUCCGAGUUCAAGGAUCUAAUCACGUACAUGUUCGUCGUUGAACCCAAGCAAAGACCAGAUAUUCAUCAG